UGAACUCUGAGGCGUGUCUAAAAGUAAAAUCAUUUAUAUCACGUACUGUAUCAUGUCUUUGACAGCGCUAGAGAACUCGUGUUAUUUGUAGCCUGACAAAAAUCAAGCGGUGGUGUUUAUGUUAGUAAACAGUCGAUUUUAUUUACAAACUGGGUUUGGUUAUAAAUUUCCACAAAAGUCUGGGACUCCAGUGUGGAUAUCGAAGGCUUCAGAAGCAGUGAUGUUUUCCUGGGGAUCUGCGUCGUGCCAGGAGCUGGGUUUAACAGGGAGGGUAGGCAUUGACAAUGCUGAGAGGAACGAUUCCAGUCCGGUUUUUCUACGAAAUCGAGUUGUUGAAAUUGGAUGUGGAAAUGGUGUUUUUGGAUUUAUUAAAGAAAGUGGAAAUAUCUCUGUUUUUCUGGAUGGAGAUGGAGAAGGUCGUCAACAGAAACGAAGAUCGAGGCAAGUGGAACUGCCGAAGCAGAAGGAGAAAAGGCAUAUUGUCUCUGUGAGCUGCGGAAUGACCCAUGUUGUACUAGUUUCAGAUUCAGGAGGCAUUUUUGAGGCAUAUUGUCACGAACCCUCUAAAGUGAUAAAUGCAAAGCCACUAAAGAAUAUAUACAACACACACCAGAUAAUCCAGAUUGCAUGUGGAAACCACCAUUCACUGGCACUUUCUAGAGGAGGAGAAGUGUUUUCCUGGGAAACCAAACAGACCGCACAAUACAAAGAUAAAGGACCCUCUAUCCAGCACCUCAAGUCCCUGUUGGGGAUCCCCGUUGCUCAGAUCGCUGCAGGGGGAGACCACAGCUUCGCUCUCUCGCUCUUCGGGACCGUGUUCGGCUGGGGGAGGAACAGCGCGGGACAGCUGGGCCUGGGGGAUACGCAAGACAGACGUAUUCCAACACCUGUGACGGCACUGGAAUUGAAGAAGACGGUGUUCAUUUCUUGUGGGGAAGAACAUACUGCAGUCCUGACUAAGGAUGGCCUAGUGUUCACAUUUGGAUCGGGAAGCUAUGGGCAGCUCGGACACAACUCGCUCAGGAAUGAACUGAGGCCUCGGCUGGUGGCCGAGCUGUGGGGGAAGAAGGUGUCUCAGAUAGCCUGUGGCAGGAACCACACGAUGGCUUAUGUUUCCUCUUGUCAGAAGGUCUACUCUUUUGGGUGUGGAGCACAAGGACAGUUAGGAACGGGCUUCAUAGAAAAGCAACUAAUUCCUCUUCCAGCCACAACAGCAGCCGCAGAAAAUGGGACUGAGCUUGAGGUGGAUAGAAUUUUUGCUGGAGGAAACCAAUCCUUUGUGUUAUGCUCUUCACCAAAGGUAUCAGGAAACACUCCUGUGAGCCAGAACAUUGCUACAUUAAAUAAUACAGAGGUAGAGGAGUUGAUUUCUAAAUCCCGCUCAAAGAAAAUAAAUAAAAUUAACUUUGUUUUCGGAUCUUCCUCGUGUCUUAAUGGAAGCUUUCUUAAACAGAGGAAAGAUGAACAUUAUAGAAUCAGCCACAACACCCCCAAGACAGGAAUUGAUUUUCGGCAAACCUUUCAUGUUUUCCAGAAAUUAAAGAACAGUGAAAUAAUCAAUCAGGUUGUCGCUGUGGUCUGUGAAAAGCUGCUGCCAUCCCUCACUGAAGCUCCUGCUGGUGUGGAGGCCUUUAGAGUCUAUGUUAUAGUGCCAGAACUCCUCAGACAUCUUGAUACAGAGCAGAACAGUAAAGUCGCAGAUAGUCUUACUGUUGCUGUUCUUCGCCUAAACUCUGACAGUCUGGAUGUGCUUGAGUCCUUAUGGACAGACAUACCAAGAGAAUCCCUCAAAUGCCUUGUGAGAUUGUAUAAACACCAAACUGAGGAAUGUCUGAAACAAAAUGAUUGCCAACUUCAUCAAGUAAAAGACAGACUUUACAACCUUCUGCAAAUGUUGCAAAUAUUGUACAAGUCAAACAAAAAGGCUAAAAAAUCCAUUGCAGCAAAGAUGUUCUACCUCAACGAAAUGUUCCUAUUUCUGCCCUCAUAUGAAAGUCUGCAUAAAUGUGAGUUUUAUCCUUCUGUUGCGGAUAGAACGAGGAUAGAGCAGCUAACAGAUCUGUUCUGCAAGUUUCAUUUUGUCCUAAGUUUGCCUGUCAAGGUGAACCUGUUUUAUACCAACUCACAUUUAAAAAAGUUAUCAUAUUGGGUGAUUUUCCCAAAUGAAGCACAAGCAUUGAACCUUGCAGUCAGACGCUGUAAUCUGAUUGAAGAUGCCUUCAAUAUCCUGAGCAACGUAGCAGUCGAAGACUUGAGAAAAUUGCUUACAGUGGAGUUUGUUGGAGAGAUAGACCGCCCAGGAGUCCUAAGAAAGGAUUUCUUCCUCUACUUUUUUGAUAAAGUGAUAGAGCCCGAGUCUAACAUGUUCUGGUACAAUGAAUUGUCAACAUUACUGUGGUUUCCCUCCAAGACCUCAGUGGAGAAGAAGAAAUAUUAUCUGUUUGGGAUUCUGUGUGGACUUGCGAUGAACAACUACAACACUGUGCACCUCCCAUUCCCUCUGGCUUUGUUCAAAAAGCUGGUUGAUGUGAAGCCAACUCUGGAGGACCUGAAGGAGCUGGAGCCCAGGGUGGGAAAGAGUCUACAAAACGUUCUGGAUUACAGUGAUGAUGACAUAGAAGAAAACCUGUGCCUGUCAUUCAAUGUGUCUUGGGAUGGCAUGGUUGUAAAUUUGCAUCCUGAUGGAGAAGACAUACCUGUGACUAAUACCAACAAGGAACAAUUUGUCAGUGCCUAUGUGGACUAUGUGUUCAACAAAUCUGUAAAGAAUCUUUUUGAAGAGUUCAAGAGGGGUUUUUACCAAGUCUGUAAAAUGGACAUGGUGAAGAUCUUUCAGCCACAGGAACUGAUGGAGACAGUGGUGGGGAAGGAAGACUAUGACUGGGAGAUGUUGAAGCAGAAUUGCAUUUAUGAACCAGAAUAUCAUGCAAACCACUUC